GGCGGUUCCUCUGUGGUUGUAGGGCGCAUGCCGGUGUCGACUAUGGACUGCGCCUCUUUGCCUCCGCUGACCGUACAUGAGAGCUUGCACUAUCCCGUCGUCGAGGCCAGCUACACCUUCCCGGAUUACCUUGGGGUGGAGAAGUCAGAAAUCGCCACAAAUGCAGCGCACGUCGCGGAUGAACUAGCAACACGGAGCUCGGCCGACUUUCCAAAGCCACAAAAAGAUGUCCGUCUGGAUGAAGGAGGUAAAGAUACCGGGGAGAAGAUUAAAGAGGAUCCAGUAGGUAACGAAAACUUGAAGACAAACUCUGUGGAUUUAAAAUCAGUGGACAUGACCUGCUCAAAACAGCGUCCAAGUGCUACCGAGAGGAGUCAGACUGGGGACCUUUCACAAAGAGUAGAAAGAGCCACCGCUGAUGCUGAUCAUUCAAUAGAUGAAGAGGUGUCAGCAAAGGUGACCAAGCACUCAAAGGGGGACACAGAGAAGGAAGCCUUAAAUCCGGGUUUGUCGACUGAGAAAAAGAUAAAUAAGUUACAUGCUGAGUUUCAGAAAUCACCUGUAAUCUGCGAUGAAGGUAACCAACACCCUCCAUCUUCAUGUUCUUUGGAUCCAGCUGACGAUGUUACCCGCCAGCCUUUAAGCGAUGUCUCUGCUGACCUACCUGGUGAGCAGCUCUCUACUGACCUUGUGACCUGUUCAGAUACUGAAACUGUGACCAUGAUCUGCACAGCCUCUCCCCAAACAAAGCCUAGGGACCCAAACGAUCAGCCUCCCACCCAUUUGGAUCAAACACCUCCUCAUGGACGGGUUACCACAGAUGCCAUGGAGAUCGAAAGUCACUCUUGUGAUCUGACGAUGGAGGAAUCAGCGACUUCAGAGGAAGUGACAGUCUGUGAUCCGUCAAUUCCUGUUAUAGAGCAAUGUUCCAGUAACUCUUCUUUAGUGCUGCAGCCUCCUGGCCCAAUGUUGAGUCACUUGGAGUUCAUCACUGACAGUGAUGUCUCACUUCCUGAGCACACGAUAAUCUGCGGCAGUGAUGGUGACGCCACCAAAGUCGAGGGAGGAGCUGAUGGCAACAAGAGCAGGGAGAUGACACGCACGUCUUCGGCACCGGAUCUGCAGCACGGCGAUAUCGGCGUUAAAGAAGAUGAGACGUGUUUAAAACCGGAGGACGGAAAUUAUACUAUGGAAUCUGUCGCUGAACUUGACAAUUCUGCAUUCAACAAUCGGAAUAUUCCAUUUACACUACUGGGAAAUGUGUUUCCUCCUCAGCCACCAAGUGCAGGCAAUGUAUUGGCAAAAGGUUUGUCUGGUAAUGUAAUUUCUCAAUCUCACACUGAGCCAGGCCCUACUUGCUUCAAACCCAGUAUUUGUGUAGCCUCCAUUACGGAUGAUCUCUUUAACAUCAGCUGCCAACGCAGUUCUGACCUGCCUACCAAAGAGGCUUGUGAUGACAUUAAACAAAAAGAUAUGAAUAAGACACCGGGAGGUCAGACCUCUGUGGUGUUUGCAGAGAAAAAGGAAAAAGUUGAAGAGGCGACAAUGGAUAAUCAAAAGGAAGCAGCAGACAGCGGCAAGCUGCAGACAGGAAAGACCGUCAAAACACAACAGCAGUGUUACGGGCCAGAUGAAGAGGCUGUAGAUACAAUUGAAGUCCUGCAGGUACCACAUGAACAUGAAGUUAAAAAGACUGAAUCAACAGGAACGAAUAUUAAUGAAGGAGAAACAAAAAUUGCCUUUGCAUCUCAAAGCCAGACUUCUUCAUUACCUGCCCUGAAACCUGCCGGGUCCCCUAGAGAAGGUCUAGGCUCUAAGGUAGAGUCUGGUAUCGAACCUCACACCGUUCAUGUCCUGAGUUUGUGCCAAACUCCGACAGCAACGCCGGAACGCUGCUCUCACGGGGCCACGGCACCAGACGUGAGUGCAGCUCUUGGCCAAUCACGGUCCACGCCAGAGCCAAACUGUUUUGCUCAGCAACAGGAGCAGCCGCAGUGGCCUCUGGGAUCCAGACAUCCCGCGGAGGAAUUAUCAGGGGACUGUCUAGAGCGGGGAGAAGGGACUAACCGUCAGGGCAGGCCGAUCCCAGCACUGGUUUUAGGGGGGACAGGGGUGGUAGAGGGAGGAGACAGCUCAGUUUGGAGUGUGGAUGAGUGGACACGCGACGGCAGCAGUGGUGAUGGAGAAGAAGGAGCCAAAUCUACAGCAGCUCUCGACGGGGUUUAUGUGCCGUCUCACCUCGCCGGCGAUGUUGAUGAGAGUGGAAGGGCGGCUGAGAGAAAUGCCUCGGCCGGCAUAGUGAGAGUCACGGCCUCCUCUCAUGCAGAAGAGAUAAGACAGGGGGUGAACGAGAAUAAAUGCCCAGCGUUAGCGGUGGCUGGGUCAGAUACAGACACUGGGUUUGCGAGUGAGCUGGUUUGUAAAGGUCAGCAAAAAGGCAAUCUAUCAACAGACCGUCAAGACCAACACGGAGAACAAGAGACCUCCAAGAACACUGCAGUAUCUGUUGAGUCAGCAUCAAAGGAACCCGAGGCAUCGCUUGUACAAACAACUGUUUUAUCAAAGUUCAGCACAGACAGUCAAGGCAUUCAUCCAGUGGUUUUUCCUUGUGAAAACCAGGCAGGAGAAAUCCACACAAGCAUGUUCAGUACUCUGGUUGUGCAAGCAGGAUCCGUGGAAAAGGAUUUCAGGGAUGCAAAUGCGAAAAGCAACAGUGGUGUAACGGAGGAGCGUGAAAUUCAGGACACAGCGUGCGAGCCUCUCGAGCUACAAAACGCUGCUGAAACUACAGCCACACAAAGCAGCCCAGCAGUACAAACACCCAUAAAAGGCCCCGAUGUAGAGGAGACCACAAAGGAAGAUAAAGCAGCCUUGGGCAAAGAGAAAGCUAGCAGGCAGGGUGAGGGACAAAUUGAGAUUGAGGCAAUGACAAAGCAGGAGGUCACAGAUCAAACUGGGAGUGCUAAAGACAGUAGCUCAUUUGGUGUUUCUAAGGAAUCAGGAAAUGACACCCCCGAGUACGAAGGAAUGUCCGAUGGAAAAACUGUUGAAGAAGUGUCUGUGAACCCAGAGGCUGGCGACCUGCCAGCCGGGAAGCCAGAAACAAACCGGAUUCAAGCAUUAAAAGAGGCCGCAAAGCUUUCUCAGUGUGAACAAGAGACAUCAAGACCCCUCCCAUCUCUGGAGUCUCCUCAAUUAGAGUUUCUCACUCCGACUGAAGAACCAGCAGCCCCUUGGAGACAAGAGGAGAUCCAUCCACCAGAUCGAGCAGCGGACAAUACAACAGAGACACCAGCUCUGAAUAUUUUGAAGAAGCCAGUGGAUCUUCCUAAACCUUUAAAGAAGACCGCAGAGCUCCUAGAACCAACUCGGAGCACAAAGGCAGUGUUCCUAGAAGAAGCGGUGAAGGUAGAGCUCCCGAAAGCACCACAGCAGACAGUAGAGCUCCCAGAACCAACACAGGGCACCAGAGUAGAGGUCCCAGAGGAGGAUAGAGUAGAGCUCCCGAAAGCACCACAGCAGACAGUAGAGCUCCCAGAACCAACCCAGGGCACCACCAGAGUAGAGGUCCCAGAGGAGGAGGAGAGAGUAGAGCUCCUGACAGCUGCCCAGCAGAUAGUAGAGCUCCCAGAAGGAACACAGGGCACCAGGGUAGAGGUCCCAGAGGAGGAGGAGAAAGUAGAGCUCCCGAAAGCACCACAGCAGACAGUAGAGCUCCCAGAACCAACACAGGGCACCAGAGUAGAGGUCCCAGAGGAGAAGAGAGUAGAGCUUCUGACAGCUGCCCAGCAGAUAGUAGAGCUCCCAGAACCAAGAAGGGAGCCACAAACUUCCUCAGAAAAAGAAGAACAGCCACCUGAGCUCCUUGAAUCAACAAAAAGCCCGGAAGAGAUACCAGAACCUACAAAUAAUGAAAUAGAGAUCCCGGAACCAAACAAGGCGUCAACAGAGCCCCCUGAACCAGAGAAGAGGCUGAGCAGGGAGCUGCCGGAGGAGCCCAGAGAAACACCUGUUGAGAGCCAACCUGGGGAGACAUUUAAAGUUCCAGCAGUCCAGGACCCUGCUGAGGAGCGACAGGACAGCGGGUCCUCCCUCGCUGAGCAGGCAGGGAGAGGCGACCGAGUCCCGGCCUCUCCCCCACCCCCUGCCCCCGAACACCACCUCUCGCCCGCCGUCCCACCUCACCUCCAAGACACCACAGAAUUUCCCACGCCUCCUCCGACUCCCCCGGAGAGGCACACUCCUGAAGCUCCGCCAACCCCACCUGCAUCUCCCUGCAUCCCUCCUGCUCCUCUCCCAGCCCCCGCCUCCCCUCCUUUAAACCCUGCUUCCCAGUGUGAGGACCGCUGCCCUGCUGCUGCACCCUGCCCGGCUCCUUUGAGGAGUUCAGACUCUGAUGGAGCGUUUGAGACCCCUGAAGCCACAACCCCAGUGAAGGCUGUUUCUCCCAUAGAUCCCCCAACCCAGCAACUAACGUCCGAUGACAAAGUAGCAGACUCUGAAUUGACCUCGGCCGAUGCCACAUGUGGUACCCCUACCAUAGUUUUUGAUGAGAACAAGCCCAUCGCAGCCAGCGGCCAAUACAACAUUGAGUUUCCAGCCGAUUCGACAAGUCACACUCUGACCCGCUCACUCAGCCUCCAGGGAGGAGAACUAGACAGCGGCGGCCUGUUGGACGGAUCCUCCGUGGGAGGCUUCCGUCCACAUUCUGAAUCCUUCAGCGUCGGCACUGAGAGUGCCCCGGGGACCCUCCGCAGGCCCAAGAAGGUCCACCCUGGGUCUGUGAGGAAGAAGCCUCUUCCGAGACAGAACUCCAACCCAGAGAGUCCGAGGCCAGCCUCCUCCAGCAGCACCCCGGAGAUCAAGAAGCGCGCGAAGCCUCGAACGGCCAGCCCUCUCCAACCUCAGGAGGAAGCAGAGGGAGGAUCUGCCACCCCCAGCCCCGGAGGAACCCUCCGCAGGACCAGGAAGAGCCGGGUGGAGACUCCUCCUCCCCUGCCGGAGGAGGCCAACAGCACUAGCCAAGAGGAGGGCCUGGUCGUCCCUGCCUUACCCUUGUGCCAGGAGGACACCCCUCUCGUGAGUAGUCCGACGGGCAACGGCGAAUCCCCCAUCCCCCCUAAUACCUCCUACAAAUGGGAUCCAGAUAAUUUUGAGGACAUCGAUCCUUUCAAUACCGGAGGUAGUAAAGUUGCCAAUUCCCCCGUUCUUGGCCGUAAAGGCCCCGUGUGUGCCCCCAUCGCUACCCCUCCCGAGAGUCCCCCCGUCUCCUCUGUAGAGCCGGGUCCCCCAGCUCCUCUUCAAGAGCCAAUCACUAACCCAGAAGAGCAACCCAUCAUCCCCACGCGUCAGUCAGUGAGGCUGGAGUUUGACUACUCUGAGGAGGGCAGUGAGGCGUCGCACCAGGCCUCUCUCCCACCCAAGAAAGUCGCGAAGAAGCCCGGAGGGAAGAUGCCUCUGAGGAAACCAAAGCUGGGCUGAAGAAGGCCCCCAAAGCGCACGACAGAGCAGCUGGACAACAAUCCUCCAGCAACCCACAAUGGCAACGAGGAGGACAUCCCUGUGCCCCAAGUGUCUUACAAGUUGGAACCCGACAAGUGGGAUGAUCCCAACUUCAACCCAUUUACCUCUAAGAAAGGAAUCACCAACUCCCCCAAACAGUCUCGGCCCUCACAUGCCUUUGACACCAAUGACUUUGACGACUCAGAAGACCCUUUCAAAUCCUCCAAUAAGAUGGCCAACUCACCCCCGAAGGCUACUGCCUCCUUCGACCUGUCAUCCAACGACUACGACAAUGAAAAUGAUAACGACAACAUUGGAGAACUAGAGAACCAAAAUCAGAACAAACCUGGCAAGAAAAAGAAAACUCCAAUCAAAUCUAAUACUUUCAGAGUGAAAAGGUCGCCAAAGAAAUCCCCGUUGUCCGACCCGUCCCAGGAUCCUACGCCCACAGAUGAAACUCCCUCUCUGCGGCCAAAGGACGACCACGCCACGGACGAGGAGAAGCUGGCCUCCUCCACCGGUCACAAGUGGGCCGCCCUGCACAACAUGGAAGCAGAUUUGAACUCUGACCAGCAAGACUUCCCUCAGCCGUCCGACCUCACGUCCUUCGUCAAUGAGAACAGUCUUCCUCCCCAGACUCCAGUGCAAGACUAUGAGAUUGAGUACAUGGAGAAGCUUGGCUCUGCUUCGCCUCCGCUGUCCGUGAAGAAGCCGUCUUUGUACUUGAAGCUGGACUCCGUAUCUGACAGCUUAACCAAGAAUACGUGUGCGCAUGGAUCAGAGCCCAGUUCCCCCUGCACAGGGAGUUUUGAGGAGAUGGAGGCCCAGAUAACAGCGGAUAUGAAGACACCAGUGCUGAGCACCCGGUCCGGACCCCAGGGCUCCGCCGGGGACAAAGGCAGGAAGAGAGAGGGCGAGUCCCUCAGCCGAACGCAGAGCGCGGAGAGGGACGAGCAGUCCCCUUACCAGGGCCCCGUGGAGGCCCCUGCUCCAGUCCUGGCCAUGCCCCUGUUAGACAGGCUGUCUGAGUGUGACGACUUCCUGCAGUACCUGGAGCCUGACCUGGCUGAGACCAACCCCACCGCAUUCGCCGGAAAACUGCAGGAGGAGCUGGUGCUUGCUGCCCUGAGGAUAGAGGCUCUGCAGGUAGCCAAAAACAUCUCUCAGUGCCCCUCCCUCUCCACUGUAAGCCCCCAGCAGCACAGAGAUGCGUGUUCUCCAGUGGAGAGUGGAGUGUCCAAGAACUCACUUUACACCAGGACCACCACCAGCUACAUUGAGGGGGAGAGCACCAACCUGCCCAGAGAACUGGACCACUCGCUGGGAAUCGCACGGGAUGAGAUCGUAACAAAGGAGAAAGAAGUGCUGGAGUGGCAGAGGAAGUAUGAAGACAGCCGACAGGAGGUGGUGGAGAUGAGGAGGAUUGUUGCUGAAUACGAGAAGACGAUUGCACAGAUGAUUGAGGAUGACCAGAAAGAGAAGUCUCUCUCCCACCACACCAUCCAGCAACUCAUCAUGGAGAAGGACCAGGCCUUGGCCGACCUCAACUCUGUGGAGAAGUCUCUGGCCGACCUCUUCCGACGCUACGAGAAGAUGAAAGAUGUACUGGAGGGUUUCCGCAAGAACGAAGAGGUCCUGAAGAGAUGUGCUCAGGAGUAUCUGUCCAGGGUCCGCAAGGAGGAACAGCGCUACCAAGCCCUGAAGAUUCACGCAGAGGAGAAACUAGACAAGGCCAAUGCAGACAUCGCUCAUGUACGGGUCAAGUCCAAGCAGGAGCAGGCCUGCCACCAGGCCAGCCUGAGGAAGGAGCAGAUGAAGGUGGAAUCGCUGGAGCGCACAUUGGAGCAAAAGAACAAAGAGAUCGAGGAGUUGACAAAGAUCUGUGACGAGCUGAUCGCCAAGAUGGGGAGGAGUUAGCGACCACACCACAGCCAGGCCAAAUCUCACAGAGGGGAGGAAUGGUUGUGGGAAGACAAAUAUUUUGGAAGUCUUCCGCGGACUGAUGGACAUUUCAGGCCAAAAUGGUCUCUUGGUUAAAUGGCCAACUGACUUUGUUUAUACACGAUACACAGGAAUGAAUUCACUCUGAUCAAUCUGUACAUUUUAAAUAUGUCACCGUGUAUCGAACUGUGUCAAAGGUCUGAUUCAAAGUUUAAGAAAAUGUAUCAUAUCACUAAUGAGUGUGUAUGUGCGUGCGUGAUAAUAGGAAAGCGAGAGCAUUGUUUGUGGGUGAAAUUAUCUAUAUUGAUGUUGCCAUGACAGCCACUGAGGAAGAAGACUGUUUACCCGUUCCUGUUGUUGUCUCUUGAUACAGAAAAGAUAAUACUUUGAAAAAGAGUAACAGAGAUUUAGAUGACUUUAUAAAAAUGCGCAUACACCACUAAGAGAACACAAACUAUCACAAUAGUUUACUGCAUGAAGAAGAGAAAGAAUAACUUGUAAUGUUAUACGUUUGUAUAUACUGUAGGAAAAUUCCUAAUAUAAAAAAGACUUUGGUUAUUUGUCAUCCUCGCCACGUUUCCCUUAUCUUGUAGAUAUUUGUCAUAGCUUUCUCAAUUAAAUUGUGCGAAUAUUUUGGGGGAUUUUAUUUUAAUAUAAAGCAAACUAAUUGUGACCUUAUUCAGUCAUAAAUGUGUGAUGGAUAUUUCCUAGUUCUGCUGUGGUUGUUGUGUCACACUGAGGAAUAACCCCUCUGCACAGCUGCUGUACAGCAUCUGCUUACAAAGUGCAAUAAAAGACGGCAAUACAG